AUGAUUUCCGAAUAUUUUGGUCUAGCACGCUUUGUAGCAGCUGUCGGCAUCGCGGGCAUUGUGAUUGCUACAAUUGGAUACGUCGCCUACAACCGUUUCUUCCAUCCACUACGACACAUCAAAGGUCCCUUCCUCGCAACAGUUACACCAUGGGUACAACUCUACCACGGCAUCCAAGGUGACAGACACCUAUGGCUACACAAGUUGCACCAACAAUACGGCUCCCAUGUCCGCGUAGCCCCCAAUUUCGUCUCUAUCAAUACCGCCAAAGGUCUGCGCGAUAUCUAUGGUCAUGGCAAACAAUUCAAAAAGGCCGAUUUCUACCACGGUUUCGCCGCUAUCAAGGGCGUCUACAACACCCACAAUGCGAUCGACAAAGCCAUCCACGGUAAGAAACGUCGUGUCCUAAGCCAUGCAUUCUCCGACCACGCUCUCAAGGCAAUGGAAGAUGUUAUGUUGAUUCACAUCCGUCAGCUGUGUGCUGUGCUUGGUGAAGAGCCUCAAUACAUGAGUGAUGUCAUUUUGCCAAAUGAGUACAAGACCGAAAAGGGCCAGAUUGUGCGGAAUAUGAGCAAUUGGUUGGGAUUCAUGACUUAUGAUGUGCUGGGAGAGUUGUGUUUUGGCAAGAGUUUUAAUCUGUUGAUUGAUGGUGCCAAGCGGAAUAUGGUUCAUUUGGUUGAUCGGGCUGCGUACCGUCACUAUGUUUGCGGCCUUUGGAUGCCUUUAGAUAGAUGGGGACUCGACAAGAUCUUCAUUCGGAAACUCACCAUGGAUCGAUGGAACUUCAUCAUGAAGUCUCGCGCCGAAGCUACAGAACGAGCCAAAGAGCGUGUGGAAGCUGGCCACGGCGCAAAGAAAGACUUUUUCUAUUAUUUGUUAAAUGCCAAAGACCCCGAGACCGGAGAGGGCCUUUCAAUGAAAGAGCUAUGGGGCGAAGCGAAUGUGCUCAUGGUUGCUGGGAGUGACACCACGUCGACAAGCAUUGUAGCAACACUGUUCUAUCUCGUUCGCCACACGGCAGUCAUGGAGAAACUUAAGAAAGAAGUGAGGUCCAGUUUCACGGAUGUGGAGCAGAUCGUCAGCGGACCUCAAAUCAAUGACUUGACCUACCUUAAAGCAUGUAUCGAUGAGGCCAUGCGCUUGUCGCCGGCUGUCCCUGGAUCCAUCCCUCGUGAAGCAAUGGAGGGCGGUGCUGAAGUCGAUGGGGUUUUCCUACCGGCUGGUAGUGAAUGCGGUACACCGGCAUACUCCAUUCAUCGCUCGCCAGACUACUACCGCGAGCCUUUGUCAUACAUCCCCGAACGCUGGAUCGAAGGCGCAACAUGCCAGACUCGCUCGGGACGGCAAUCAUGGGUGGCCGCAAAGCCUGAAAUUGAGGUUGCACGGAACGCCUUUUGCCCAUUUAGCAUUGGACCUAGAGGGUGUAUUGGAAAGAGCAUGGCAUUAAUGGAGAUGCGUAUUACAUUGUCUAGAUUAUUGUUUUUGUUUGAUAUUGAGCUGGCUGAUCGGACUGGGGAGGAUGCUGAUGGGUUUUUGGCCUUGACGGAUCAUUUUGUGUCGGCAAAGACCGGGCCAAAUGUUCUCAUUCGACGAAGACAAGAUUUGUAA